ACGUGGACCGGCGCCAGCGUGUGUAAAAGGGCGCGGUCGGAGUGAGAUUGGUCCCCUCGGGUCCCCGCGUCCAGCCAUGGCGUCACCAGCCAGCACCGCCCCAGGCACGGAUGACAGCGGCCGCAGGAAGCCUCGCCUGGCGGCGUCCCUGCAAAUCCUCCCCAGGCCCAGCCCCUGGCAGCCCUCGGCCAGCCUGGGCCAAGACCCCUGGGAGUCCGUGGCCGCCCCGGGCGCUGGGAGCGACGACGACGACGACGACGGGGACGGGCAGCCCCAGGCCUCGGCAGCAGGAGACGGUGGGCCCGGGGCGGGGACCGGAGUCGGGGAGCUGGGGGCAGCCCAGGCACGGGAGAACGCGGGGGCACGGAUGGGGAGGUCUCCGAGGGUCUCUGUCCCGCCUCCAGGGCCAGCCAGGGACUUCCCGACGGUGGCCGGACAGCUGGGCUUGCAGCUCAAGGACCCGGCGCCGGGCCAGGCGGUGGCCUUGCUCGCGCAGUACGCAGCCAGCGCGGGCGUCUCCCUGAACUUCCGAGAGGACCGGACGGCAGACCCCUGCCUCCCCUUCUCCGUGUGCGCCGAGGUGGACGGGCGGCUCUGCCCCUCAGCCAGGGCCAGCAGCAGGCCGGAGGCCAAACAGCAGGCGGCGCUCUCCGCCCUCCGCUACAUCCGCAGUCAGCUGGGGAGCGCAGAGACCCCCAGCAGGCUCCCACUCACCCCUCUGAGUGUAGAGAACAUCCUGACCCACGAGCAGCGCUGCGCGGCCGUGGUCAGUGCCGGCUUUGACCGUCUGGUGGACACGACCUCCCCCUACCGGGCCUGUAAGAGCACCGUGGCCGCCGUCAUCCUGGAGAGAGAGGUCCCGGGCGCCAGGGGCCACGCCAAGGAGGUCUACCAGCUGGUGGCGCUGGGCACCGGCAGCAGCAGCUGUGCCCGCCGCCUGGAGUUCUCUGGCCGCCAGCUCCACGAUGGCCACGGGUUGGUGGUGGCGCGCCGGGCCCUGCGCAGGUUCUUGUUCCGGCAGCUCCUGUUGGCGACACAGGGCGGCCCCAAGGGCAAGGAGCGGUCGGUACUGGCCCCCCAGCCUGGGCCCGGGCCCCCCUUUGCCCUCAAGCCCCAGAUCUUCCUCCACCUCUACAUCAGCAACACCCCCCAGGGAGCUGCUCACGACAUCUACCUCCCCCCGUCCGCCGAGGGCAGCUUCCUGCACAGCCCGCCCCCCCGCCUGCAGGCCCACAUCCGCGGCGAGCUGCGGCCCGUGUGCUACGUGGCGCCCACACUGCGUGACACCCACGUGGGCUGCCUCUCCGCCAGCGACAAGCUGGCGCGCUGGGUCGUGCUGGGGGUGGGCGGUGCCCUGCUCGCCCACUUCCUGCCUCCCCUCUAUGCCACCAGCCUCGUCCUGGCCGACCCCUGCCACGACCCCCCAACUCUGAGCAGGGCCAUCCACACCCGGCCCAACCUAGACAGGGUCUUGGAGCCAUGCCUACCACCUCCCUAUGCCCGUACCAUGCUGCACCUGUUUUCGGGGCCCCCUGUGGCCCCCUUGGAUCCUACCCCCAACGCCUGCCAUGGCCUGAGCCUCAACUGGAGCCUGGGGGACACCGAUGUCGAGGUUGUGGAUAUGGCCACCGGGCGUGUGAAGGCCGAGGCCUCCCUCGGGCCUCCGUCCCGCCUCUGCAAGGCAGCCUUUCUCCAAGCCUUCCGCCAGGCCGCCACAGCUCUCAGGAAGUCCUGCCUCUUGGCCUUGGAGACCUAUGAGGCUGCCAAGGCCGGACCUUACCGGGACGCCCGCAGGCAGCUGUCUCUCCUUCUGGACCAGCAGGGCCUGGGGGCUUGGCCCUCGAAGCCGCUGGUGGACAAAUUCAGGGACUGAAGCCGACCUGCUGGGCCACACGGGGUCCCUGAGCCAAGCUGGAGCCUGGGGAGGG